AAUAAACUCCGGUGCGGACGCGCUCACAUCGCGGCGCACUGUCUUCCCGGCAGCACGUUUCCGCGCGAGCUCUCACUCCUGCCAGGAUCUCGGCUUUUCCACGACCACCUUUCCCCAUCGACCAAUCGAAAUGAGCGGCUGACUCGACCCUCCGCAGAGCUCGUGGACGAGGUCGUGGUCUCGUCUCUCGCGUGUAACGGUGCCUCGCGUAAAACCGUCGGACGGUAUAUAUGUCAUCGGGAUCGAGGAUCGCGGCGCGUCUCGCGAGUGGAGAGCCCUGACGACGAAUCGAGCGGAAAUCCGUAUCGACCGCGCCGAGGAGAGAUCCAUACGCAGCUGAAAGAUUUCGGAUCUGCUGAGCCUCGUGCUGCGCUGGGCAGCCAGGAUGUCGUUCUUCAGAGGUCUGUGGAAGAGCAGCUCGAAACACAAGAAACUAUGCGAGGAAUGGGCCCUGGCGAAUAGUCGCGAAUGUGUGGAGGGCGGCGGUUCAGCGGGUACGACGCAGGAGGAAUCCGAGGAUGCGUCGGAAGCCCGGUUCACCCUCAAAUAUUUGGGCAGUACCCUCGUCGAGACGCCCUCGAGCGAAGAGGCGACGGCGGAAGCCAUCAAGACCGUCAUUACGAUGGCAAAAGCGAGCGGAAAGAAGCUGCAGCGAGUCUCUCUAGCAGUGAGUUUAAAGGGUAUCAGAAUGACAGACCUCGCCACGGAAGAAGAUCAGCUACAAGUAUCCAUAUACAGAAUCUCUUAUUGCUCGGCGGAUGCCACCCACGAUCACGUGUUCGCGUUCAUCGCGACAAAUUUGAACGAAACGAUGGAGUGUCACGCGUUCCUCUGUCCGAAAAGAAAAAUGGCGCAAACGGUGACGCUAACGGUGGCUCAAGCCUUUAACACGGCUUACGAGGCUUGGCAGCUGUCCCAGGCCGAUCCUAGGAUCCAUCACGCCCAAGAUAAGAGUCCUUCGUUAACUGACGACAGAAGCGAGAACGGCGAGAAGGAGAAGAAGGACGAGGACGCGAAGUCCGUGGACAAAGUCAACGAGCAGAACAAGCGCAGCGAUCAGCGAUGCAACGCUAACGACUCUCAGAAGAAUCUUCUAAUCGAUCUGUCGAACGAGACUAAUAAAUCUGCGGGAAACUCAUGGGUCUGCUUCGAGGAGGAGACAGGGUCAGACGGUAAGAAGAUACCGAAGAAGAGCGCAACCAGUAUUCCCAUGACGACUUUGAGGCACACGACGACGCCGACGUCGCACCACGUUGUACCGAGGCCAACGACAGGGUUCAAAAUGCAGAACGCCUGGGGUGAAUCGAGAUCCGUGGAUUUGAUGUGCUCGUAGCAGGCAUAGCCCAUGGCCGAUAGCUUUCGCGACGUGCCAUUGAUCACUGGCUUGUGGAAGCACCUGUCGAAUAGCGGCCAAGCGAAGAAAAUCCACCAAUAAUAGGCUAAUCGUUAUCGCCGAACUCCUGCGAAGCGCUCUGAAGACUUCUUGAAUGGAACUGGAUGGGAAACGUUGGGGAGGACAUCCGAUUCGGAACGCGCCAAUUUGUGUAAACGAGCUAGUCGAGCGUUUCCAAUCUGGGAAUACCUGACCAUACUCUCCGAUGACGACACUUCUUCUUCUUUUGUGAUGAGACUUCACCGAAUACGCUUAUCCAUAUUUUGCGAGUAUCACGGGCUCAAAGGUAGAAUACGCGGUGUAAUGUAUAGAUGUAUGUAUGUCUCGCGAUCUUUUCGACGCGUUUAUCGUCCUCGAAGAACGAUCGAUGAUCGAGCCGUGCUCGAGACGACCAAUGAGAUCGAUGGGAAAAUGAGUCAGAUGUUCACAGCCAGGAAGUGGGAACAAUUUUCACAAUGUAUACCUUUUGUAUAACGCGUCUAUCCGUGCCAAUUCUUUCACAUACACGUUCACAAAUACACAAACACACACAGACACACACAUAUCGUACACAUCUUUGUAUCCACUAUAUCAUGUGCGUGCAAUUAGACGAACUUUGACUACUUUUAACGAUAUACAAAGAGCUUUUCUUUUCGAAGGAUUUCGAUUUCGCGUACGUGGAGCAAGUAUAUUAAUUAAAGAACGAAACGAUUAUCGAAUCGUCCGAUCGUCCACGUCGAAAUAAACAAGGAUACUCUUCGUGACUUUUAAGCGAACCUUUCUUACCGUUAAAUAGCUGGGCUAUUUUCUUAGUUGGACGUUUUAAACGAACUCAUUUUCAAGCGAAAGGAACAUUUUAAGCGUAGAUUUACGAUUAGACGUUAACCGUAGGACGUACCGAUAGUACAUUUGAUGUUGAUAUCGCUUCGCGCAUUGUAAUUUUUAAGGGAGAACCAUGUUAAUCGACGCCGUUCGUUUUUUUCUUAGAAUGAUAAAAGUGGAUAUCGAUUUUGUCCUUUCUGGCACGCUAUAGAAAGUAAGGGUCGAAGUCGUGGUCUUUAUAGAAUUAACGAAAUAGCUCGAUUCGAUGAUUAGGAGAACGUGUUGGUGUACGUGUCAAAGCGUAUAUCCAUUUAGCCGUCGAGAUUUUAACAUAAUUUAUCCCGUAAGGAGUUUCUGUUUCUUGCGUAAAAUGUAUGGUUCGAUGCAUCGCGAACCCAAUACGGUACAUUUUACCCAAUGAUGUAAUUGUUAAGUGAAAAUAUCGUUUUCAAGUUAUGCGUUAAAUCAUUUAAUCGUUGUUAUUGUUAUCUCCGAGCGUAGAAUUCUUUAAGCAAACUGUUUUCUUGGUUCGGAGGAAUAUAAUGCGUUUUGAUUCCUCGGUACGCGUCCAUGUACUUUUUAAUUCUUGAUACACGGCGAGCGGCCAACCGCGAUCGUUUCCGAACAACUGUAGCCAUAACGAGCAUGGAAAUUGAAAAUUCGCGAGAUCGUAUCGCUCUUCACUUUAGCGUAGUCGGCUACUUUGGUAGAAAUGUUGAUUAGGUGGGUAGAUUAACGGGAUGCUAUAAAAAUCAUUGAUGUUCGCGACGUUUACGUUUUGCUUCCGAACGUAUGUUAACGACGUCGGUCGAUCGAUAGCCAAUUAUUGCAUUUGCAGUUGAAAUUAUUCGAUUUCUUCGACCGUGAAUCGAGUUAGAUGAUAAUUCGGGUUCGCUGUCGAAAUGUUGUUUUUAUCGUUUAAGAAUGCCAUGAAUACCGGAAUAUUUUGAUCGACGCUUCGUUGACGGAAAUCAAUAACAAUUUUGUACGGUCAUGAUUCGAUCGGUGGGGUGGAUUUUCGUGAAACGGAGUUCACCUAAUAUCGCUAAGUGUUAGAACGUAAGAAGUACACGUGAAAUACACGAAUACAUAUCUAA